AUGCGGCGGUUGGCUUCCUCGUGGUGCUUCCUCCUCGCGGCGGAGAGAACCGUGCGGACGGCGUCUCUGUUUUUUAGGCCGGGUACCUCGUUCCUGGAGGAAGACCUGGAGGACGAAGAGCGACUCGCCCAACUUCUUGUGCAGGGCGCCCCCACGGUGGCGGCAGCGACCCCGGCCCCGUUGCCGGUGUCACCAGCUACGGAUUUCCCGACAUGCACUGCUUCUGUCACCACGUCAGCGGCGGCGGCAGUCGCGGAGAUGGGCGCCAAUACGGCUGAAGAAGCCACAUUGGCUAACGAUAUGUUCUUGGGGGAUGAGGAUGCGGCGUCGCCGCAGCGGGGUGGCCUUCCUAUCAGGGUUUCUCGUCUUGAAAAUCAACAACUUGCAAAGUACGCGCACAUUCGAUGCUCAAUGCAUGCAAAGUUGGUCAAGGAAGGUGCGGAACCGGUGGUGGGGCCCGCACUUGAGUGGAUGUGCGUCCGAUGCCGAACCUACAACUUUGUGGGCCGAAAGUCGUGUAGGCGAUGCAACCAACGCGAUGUGGAGUCCUUCAAACACAAUUCGCCUCCUGCACGUCACAUUCCACUAUUCCCCUCAGUCUGGACAUGUCAUUUUUGCGGCUGCGUGAACCGCUCAGAGCCCAACAACGCUUGCAGCCGCAACAAGUUUUUCUGUGACGGUUGUGGGAAAAGGUUUGCUGGUGUGCGUGAAUGGUAUUGCCCAUCGUGUCACUGUAUCAAUUCUCGAGGUGCAACGCAGUGUGCAACGUGCUACAGUGAACGUCCGCACUGUUGGACGUGCUCCUCCUGCAAAUACGAGAAAAAUUCUGUUUUCGCCACAGAAUGUCGUAGUUGUCAUGUUUCCUGCCAAAAGCAGGUGUCUGACUCUACCGUUCUUUGUCCAACGUGUCGUCAGCGGAAUGAUGCGCAGUGGGAGAUGUGCUUCUUCUGCAUGACGCCACUGGGGAUGAUGCUGAGCGUACGGAGGCUGCAGGAGAGAUUGGUUGACGGCGUGAAAGAGACGGCAAAAAUCUUGCCUAGUGAAGCCGAAGACCGUGCGGGAAACGGGGGUGGGGAGGAGGGUUGCCAAGAACCCACGACACCGGAGCCGCCUCCGACGACUUGUGUAGAGGCAGAAGCUGCGGCGGCGGGGGAAGAGGGCAAGAUGCCGACAACUGCAUUUCCAUCACCGGAGCAGCAGGAGGAGAGGAUUCAGAAGCACUCAGCGGUGGAAUGCCAGCAAAAGCAGUGCCCCACGUGCGAGCAGGUGAGCCCUACGGGGGAAGAACAAAUCCCGGAGCUUGCGGGGAGUGAGGAGGGAACAUGGUGGUGCGACGAAUGCCAAGUCCUGCAGCGGCGCAAUGCGGGGUUUUGUGAUAUUUGCCUGAAGCCGAAAGCCCUUGCAAAGUCGGGGACGACGGUCACGCGGCGAGAAGGAACGAUGAAAAAUGAACGGAUGUGUGAAACAUCUGCCCCUCAGAAGGGGGAUGCGUCACUGGGCUCAAAGCCCGAGGAAGCAGGUGAGGAGCGACGCAAAGACCAAGAGCAAAUGGGGGUUGUGGCUAGGGUGUUAGUGGAUACAGCCUCAGCUUCCCCUUCUGUGGGUGAUACAGGUCAAUGGCGAUGCCCAUAUUGCCGAAAGAUGGUGAAUGUUAUGGAGAUGUCAUGUUGCGGCGUACCACGUGAGAUUCCAUUUGGGUAUUGGCUUUGUACUACUUGCUGCAGUACAAACCGUGACGAGCGGGCCAAAUGCAUGGGUUGCGGUGCAGCACCACCUGCAAAACCGUGGCGAUGUUUUCUCUGCAGGUUUAGAAACCGUAGUCAGGACCUCUUCUGUGAUCAUUGUGGUUCUGCGCAUCCCCACCACUGGGAGUGUGCAAAGUGUGGUGCGAAAUGUCAACACGCCUCCCACGGGAGGUGUUCUUCAUGUGGCGCGGGAAAGCCCUCGCAAGAGAUUAUUACUUGCCCAACUUGCUGUGCCCCAAAUCGCCCGUCUCGGAAGAGUUGUUAUCGGUGUCGGGGACGUUUGUCCUCUGAUAGGUGGCACUGUGGUGUCUGUGGCUCAACGAAGAAUGACAGGCAGGCGCGCCGAUGCGAGGCGUGCGGGAGUCCACGCGAGUACAAUAUGAACGAAGUCACAUGGAUUUGUGACGUGUGUGACACAGCAGUGGCCUCUGGGGGUGCGUUGCCUGAGCGCACGCAGUGCCCUCGCUGCUGGUCUGAGCGUACUGAGCGAAGCUUGUGCCUGCCCAGUCGUUGGCGCUGCCAAGGCUGUGGCUUGGUGAACGUCUAUGCCCUCCCCGCCUGUGCGGAGUGCGGUGGCAAGCGUCUCUUGGAGCGUUUGCGUACCCACACUACCUGCCCCUCCUGCUUCCGUAUAACGUCGUUGACGGAGCAGGAGCAGUGCGGCAGCUGUGGCGCGGACUUCUCGUCAGUCAUCAACGAGGCGGGGACCCCGGUUUCUCUCUCUGGUCUCUCAUCCCUCCUCGCAGCUCCUCCCCCUCCCAUUUCCCCCGCGGAGGGGUCACUGCAAGCAGGCUGUGUUAGGGACACUGCUUCUCCUACGGCCGAAAGGGAAACCGCGUCCUCCGCUUAUUCCGCCGCUGGCAGCGCGUGGGCACCGAAACGGUGCGUGAAUGAGCAACCGCACGAAGCAGAAUCUCUCGUUGAGGGGAACAGUCACAUGGAGGCGGCCCUGGGUGGUCGCGUGGGAACCUCCACCUCCACCGUGUCGUCGCCGUCAACGGGGGCGGGUGCGGCGUCGCAAGCGUCUUCGCUGCGCUCGAGUCACACCAGCGGGGUGAAUGGCCCGAUGGAGGAAAUGGCGGAGGAGGACGAAGAAGAGGUGGACUUGGAAGGUGUGAGGUGGGGCAGCGAAAUUCCGUCGUGGAUGUGUGGGAACUGUGAGACCACAAAUCUCGAAGAGGCCGAGACGUGUGUGUUUUGCGGUCUUCGCCGCGGCGAUGAGUGA